CAGUUCCUGGGAUCUGCUUUAAUUGAUUGAAAUCUGAUUUAAUGCUGAGCUGGUGCAUUGCUCCCUGUGUUAGCACCGGCUGUAGAAUCGCAUUUCUUUUCCUCUUGUUUUUCUUUUGAGUAUUUGCUUGUUCUGUCUAUCUCAGCAUCGCUGGGAGACGCUUGUUGAAGCAAUUCGGUGCAGGCUCUGACACCAGCGGAUGGAUGGUGUUGAGAUUUAAGGUGGAAUAAUGGUGAUUCUACAACAGGGGGAUUACGUCUGGCUGGAUCUGAAGACUGGACGUGAGUUUGAAGUUCCUAUCGGGGCAGUAGUGAAACUCUGUGACUCUGGCCAAACUCAGGUUGUGGAUGAUGAAGGCAAUGAGCAUUGGAUUUCCCCUCAGAAUGCCACCAAUAUUAAGCCGAUGCAUCCAACAUCUAUCCAUGGGGUGGAAGAUAUGAUCCGUCUGGGAGACUUGAACGAAGCCGGAAUUCUGCGUAACCUCCUCAUCCGAUAUAGGGAGCGCCUAAUAUACACAUACACCGGCUCAAUCCUGGUUGCGGUGAAUCCCUACCAGCUGCUGCCUAUCUACACUGCUGAACAAAUCCGGUAUUACACCAACCGAAAGAUCGGUGAAAUGCCACCUCACAUCUUUGCCAUUGCUGACAACUGCUACUUCAACAUGCAACGGAAUAACAAGGACCAGUGCUGCAUCAUCAGUGGUGAGUCUGGGGCUGGGAAAACAGAGAGCACAAAACUGAUCCUGCAGUUCCUGGCAGCUAUUAGUGGCCAGCACUCUUGGAUAGAGCAGCAAGUGCUUGAAGCAAAUCCCAUUCUGGAAGCAUUUGGGAAUGCGAAAACGAUCCGGAAUGAUAAUUCCAGCCGUUUUGGGAAAUAUAUCGACAUCCACUUUAACAGGAGGGGUGCCAUUGAAGGAGCCAAGAUUGAACAAUAUCUGUUGGAGAAAUCUCGGGUCUGUAGACAGGCUGAUGGGGAGAGGAACUAUCACAUCUUUUAUUGUAUGUUGAUGGGAAUGAGCAUGGACCAGAAGAAGGUACUGGGUCUGAGCAGAGCUACGGAUUACACCUACUUAACAAUGGGGCAGUGCACCUUCUGUGAUGGCCGUGAUGAUAAUAAAGAGUACGCCAACAUUCGCUCUGCCAUGAAGGUUCUCAUGUUCACUGACACAGAGAACUGGGAGAUCUCCAAACUGAUGGCUGCAAUUCUGCACAUGGGCAACCUGGCUUAUGAACCUCGCAUGUAUGACAAUUUGGAUUCGUGUGAGGUUGUCUACUCCCCACACCUGAUGUCUGCUGCUACUCUCCUCGAGGUUGACUGUUUGGACCUGCAGAACUGCCUCACCAGCCGUACCAUUAUAACACGAGGGGAAACAGUGUCCACCCCUCUUAAUGUGGACCAAGCGCUAGAUGUCCGAGAUGCUUUUGUGAAGGGUAUCUAUGGGAGGCUCUUUGUGUGGAUUGUGGAGAAGAUAAAUGCAGCGAUUUAUAAACCACCGUCUCGAGAGCCAAAGGUGUGGCGCCGGUCAAUCGGCUUGCUGGAUAUUUUUGGAUUUGAAAACUUCCACGUUAAUAGCUUUGAGCAGCUCUGUAUCAACUUCGCCAAUGAAAACCUGCAGCAGUUUUUCGUCCGCCAUGUCUUCAAGCUGGAGCAAGAGGAAUACAACCUGGAGAAUAUCAACUGGCAACACAUUGAGUUCACUGAUAACCAGGAUGCACUUGACAUGAUAGCACUGAAGCCCAUGAACAUCAUUUCCCUCAUUGACGAAGAGAGCAAGUUCCCCAAGGGUACAGACACGACAAUGUUGAACAAGCUGAAUUCUCAACACAAGCUGAACACCUACUAUAUCCCUCCAAAGAACAACUAUGAAACCCAGUUUGGCAUCAGCCAUUUUGCUGGAGUCGUUUACUAUGAAACCAGAGGAUUUUUGGAGAAAAAUCGGGACACGCUUCAUGGAGACAUCAUUCAAUUGGUCCACUCCUCCAAGAAUAAGUUCAUCAAACAGAUCUUCCAGGCUGAUGUAGCCAUGGGAGCGGAGACAAGGAAGCGCUCACCAACCCUCAGCAGCCAGUUUAAACGUUCACUGGAACUGCUGAUGAAAACUCUCAGCGUCUGCCAGCCUUUCUUCGUCCGCUGCAUCAAACCCAACGAGUACAAGAAGUCGAUGUUAUUUGACCGGGAACUGUGUGUCCGCCAGCUGAGGUACUCGGGAAUGAUGGAGACCAUUCGGAUCCGACGGGCUGGUUAUCCCAUUCGCUACACCUUUGUGGAGUUUGUCGAUCGCUAUCGGGUAUUGAUGCCUGGAGUGAAACCCGCUUACAAACAGGGAGAUCUGCGUGGCACGUGUCAACGGAUAGCAGAGGCAGUUCUGGGAAAAGACGGAGAUUGGCAGAUCGGAAAGACAAAGAUUUUCCUAAAGGAUCACCAUGAUAUGUUGCUGGAGAUCGAAAGAGACAAGGCCAUCACUGACAAGGUCAUCCUCAUUCAGAAAGUGGUUCGGGGAUUUAAAGACAGGUCAAACUUUGUAAAAAUAAGAAAAUCAGUGAUGUUGAUUCAGAAGCAUUGGCGUGGAUAUCAGUGCCGGAAAAAUUUCAGCGCAAUGCGAAUUGGAUUCUCCAGACUCCAGGCGCUCUAUCGGUCCCGUAAGCUCUGCACACAGUAUCACUUUGCUCGCAAGAGAAUCAUCCUGUUCCAGGCCCGUUGCCGCGGUUACUUGGUGCGGAGAGCAUUCCGCCACUGCUUCUGGGCUGUCAUUACCAUCCAAGCUUGUGUUCGAGGCAUGAUCGCACGUAGGCUCUACAAGCGGCUGAGAGGAGAAUACCACCGAAGGCUGGAAGCAGAGAAGCUGCGCCUAGCUGAGGAGGUGCGACUUUGCAAGGAGAUGAGCAGCAAAAAAGCCAAGGAGGAGGCGGAGAGGAAACAUCAGGAGCGCCUCGCCCAAUUGGCUCGGGAAGAUGCCGAGAGGGAGAUGAACGAACGGAGGGAGGCCCGUCGGAAGAAGGAAAUGGUGGAGCAAAUGGAGAGGGCCCGCAACGAGCCUGUGAACGACUCUGAGAUGGUGGAUAAAAUGUUUGGUUUUUUGGGCAGCCCCACUCCAUUGCCUGGACAGGAGGGACAAGCGCCAUCUGGGUUUGAGGACCUGGAACGUGCCCCGCCGGAGUUGGAGGAAGAGGAUCUGGAUGCCAGCCUGCCACUCCCAGAGGAGGAAGAGGAAGAUCUUUCUGAGUACAAAUUUGCCAAGUUUGCUGCCACCUACUUCCAGGGCACCACCACGCACACCUACAUCCGCAGGCCCCUCAAGUUGCCCCUGCUUUACCAUGACGACGAAGGGGACCAACUCGCAUCUCUUGCUGUCUGGAUCACGAUAUUGAGGUUCAUGGGGGAUUUGCCGGAGCCCAAGUAUCACACAGCCAUGAGCGAUGGCAGUGAGAAGAUUCCGGUCAUGACCAAAAUCUACGAAACCCUCGGCAAGAAAACAUAUAAACGGGAGCUGCAGGCUCUUCAGGGAGAGGGCGAGAGUGCAUAUUCUGACAAGAACAGCUGUGUGCGGCACAAGCUGGUUUCCCUGACUCUGAAGAAGAAAUCGAAGCUAACGGAGGAGGUGGCAAAGAGAUUGAACGAUGGGGAUUACACUCUCCGGGGGAACAGUAUGUUGGAGGACAGGCCGACCUCUAACCUGGAGAAGCUCCACUUCAUCAUUGGGAAUGGCAUCCUCCGGCCAGAGGUCAGGGAUGAGAUUUACUGCCAGAUCUGCAAGCAACUUACCCAGAAUCCCUCCAAGAGCAGCCACGCCCGGGGCUGGAUCCUCGUGUCCCUCUGUGUUGGCUGCUUCGCUCCUUCUGCAAAGUUUGUCAAGUACUUGAGGAAUUUUAUCCACGGAGGUCCGCCUGGCUACGCACCUUACUGUGAGGAAAGAAUGAGGAGAACGUUUGCUAAUGGGACCCGGACACAGCCUCCCAGCUGGCUGGAACUCCAGGCCACCAAGUCAAAGAAGCCGAUCAUGUUGCCCAUCACCUUCAUGGAUGGAACAACAAAGACUCUCUUGACAGACUCCGCGACAACAGCCAAAGAGCUGUGCAAUGCGUUGGCUGACAAGAUAGGCCUGAAGGAUCGCUUUGGAUUUUCUCUAUAUAUUGCUUUGUUUGACAAGGUCUCCUCCCUUGGCAGUGGGAAUGAUUAUGUGAUGGAUGCCGUCUCCCAGUGCGAGCAGUACGCCAAGGAGCAAGGUGCGCAAGAACGCAACGCACCCUGGCGCCUCUUCUUCCGUAAGGAGAUCUUCACACCCUGGCACAAUCCUACUGAGGACCUGGUGGCAACAAACCUCAUUUACCAGCAGACAGUGAGAGGGGUCAAGUUUGGAGAGUACAGGUGUGACAAGGAGGAGGACCUGGCUGAGCUGGCAUCCCAGCAGUACUAUGUGGAUUAUGGAUCUGAGAUCAUCCUGGAGAGACUCGUGAGCUUAAUCCCAUCUUACAUUCCGGAUCGGGAGAUCACCACCUCUAAAACAGUGGAGAAAUGGGCUCAGUACAUCACCGCAGCUCAUAAGAAGGGAGUGUACACCCAGAAGAGGAUUGACCCUCGGACUGUGAAGGAGGAGGUUGUGGACUUUGCCCGCUUCAAGUGGCCUCUACUUUUCUCGCGAUUUUACGAGGCCUUCAAAUUUUCAGGCCCGAGCCUGCCAAAGAAUGACGUGAUUGUAGCUGUCAACUGGACUGGCGUGUACUUUGUCGAUGAACAGGAGCAAGUCCUUCUAGAACUUUCUUUCCCCGAAAUCACUGCAGUCACCAGCAGUAAGGGAAGCAAAAUGCAGGGGCAGAGUUUCACACUGGCCACCAUUAAAGGCGACGAAUAUACCUUCACCUCCAACAAUGCAGAGGAUAUCCGGGACCUUGUGGUGACCUUCCUGGAGGGGCUGAGGAAGAGGUCAAAGUUCGUGGUCGCUCUGCAAGAUAACCCGAGCCCUGUUGGCGAUGAUUUGACAUUCCUCACCUUCCAAAAGGGAGACCUGAUCCUUCUGGAUCAUGACAGCGGGGAGCAAGUGAUGACCAGUGGCUGGGGUCAUGGAAUGAAUGAAAGGACUAAGCAAAAGGGUGACUUCCCCACCGACUGCGUCUACGUGUUACCUACUGUCACCAAGCCACCAGCUGAGAUUGUGUGCUUGGUUACCAUGACGCCAGGCCAGCGACAGGAAGUCAUCAAGACCUCCCAAUUGCCCAUAACAGAGCUGGAGGAGAAGGUUAAGCCUUACACCCUGGAAGAGUUCUCAUAUGACUACUUCAGGCCACCUCCAAAGCACACGUUAAGCCGAGUGAUGAUCACAAAGAAUCGUGGGAAAGACAAGAUGUGGUCCUGUACCCGGGAGCCCAUGAAACAGCCUCUACUGAAGAAGCUGCUGAACAACGAGGAGCUGUCACAAGAAUCUUGCCUUGCGUUCACUGCUAUCAUGAAGUACAUGGGUGACUAUCCCUCCAAGAGAAUGCGGUCCGUGAAUGAACUGACUGACCAAAUAUUCGAAGCUGCUUUGAAAGGGGAGCUGAUGAAAGACGAGAUUUACUGCCAGGUCCUCAAACAGCUCACUGAUAACCAUGUGAAGUACAGCGAAGAGAGGGGCUGGGAGUUACUCUGGCUCUGUACAGGACUCUUUCCCCCUAGCAACAUCCUCCUGCCUCACGUCCAGAGAUUUCUACAGUCAAGGAAAAGCCACUUGCUCGCUGCAGACUGCAUGCAUCGACUCCAGAAAGCGCUCCGGAAUGGAUCCAGGAAGUAUCCGCCUCACCUGGUGGAAGUGGAAGCUAUCCAGCACAAAACCACUCAGAUCUUCCACAAAGUUUACUUUCCUGAUGACACAGAUGAGGCAUUUGAAGUAGAAUCUAGUACGAAAGCUAAAGACUUCUGCCAGAAUAUCUCAGCCAGACUGUUGUUGAGAUUUCCCGAUGGCUUCAGCUUGUUCGUCAAGAUCUCUGACAAGGUGAUCAGUGUUCCUGAAGGAGACUUCUUCUUUGACUUUGUGCGACAUCUCACCGACUGGAUCAAGAAAGCUCGGCCGACUAAGGACGGUGUAAUGCCUUCUCUGACAUACCAGGUCUUCUUCAUGAAGAAACUAUGGACGCAUACAGUUCCUGGAAAGGACCCAAUGGCAGAUUCCAUCUUUCAUUAUUAUCAGGAGCUGCCUAAGUACCUGCGCGGUUACCACAAGUGUUCCCGUGACGAUGUGCUGCAGUUGGCAGCACUCAUUUACAGGGUGAAGUUCGAGGAUGACAAGUCCCAAUUCCCAAACAUUCCCAAGAUGCUGAAGGAACUGGUGCCACAGGAUCUGAUCCGGCACUUCUCACCUGAUGACUGGAAGCGGUCCAUUGUAGCUUUUUACAACAAACAAGCAGGAAAAUCACAGGAAGAUGCUAAACUAUCGUUCCUGAAGAUUAUCUAUAAAUGGCCUACGUUUGGAUCAGCAUUUUUUGAGGUCAAGCAAACCACUGAGCCAAAUUACCCAGAGAUCCUCUUGAUUGUGAUCAACAAACACGGAGUGAGUCUGAUUGACCCGAAGACAAAGGAUAUUCUUACCACCCAUCCAUUCACCAAGAUUUCUAAUUGGAGCAGUGGUAACACCUACUUCCAUAUUACCAUUGGGAACCUGGUGAGAGGCAGCAAGCUCCUAUGUGAAACCUCUCUGGGAUACAAAAUGGAUGACCUAUUGACGUCUUAUAUCAGUCAGAUGCUGACGUCUAUGAACAAGCAGUGGAGCACUAAAGCCAGUAAGUGAACUUACUUUGACUACUGGAUCUGGGCCAACGAGGUGAUCCAACUUCUGAGGCCUGUGGGAAACCCUUGCAGUUGGACAAAAACAUUCUCCACCCAAGUCUGGAGUAUGAGAAGGAGCCCUCUGCAAAGUUCUUCCGACAGCAGCCCAGACUCUCCCUCCAGUGAGGAUGACUAUUUGUAGUGUGCGCGUUUGCUUGUGCAUGUUUUGAAACACUUAACUUUAGGGUCGCUCAAAUGGAAAAUGAACUAAAAGGAAACAGAAAAUUAAGGCCUACAAAGCGGGCUUCUUCAUUGUGACUUCUUACUCCGACAGUGGAAAACCAGGCCUACAAAGUAGGCUGCUUCAUUGUGACUUCUUCCUCGGAUGAAAGAAAUCCGAGCCUACAAAACAAGAUUCUUAAUUGUGGCCUCUUCCCCUGACACAGGAAAUCUAGGCAUAUAAAGCAGGCUUCUUCAUUGUGAUCUCUUCCUCUGAUGGAAAUCCAGGCCUACAGUGUAGGCUUUUAGUGACCUCUCAUUCCAAAGAAAGGAAUUCCAGGCCUACAAAGGAAGCUGCUUUUUUUUUUUUUGCAAUCUCUUCUGCUGCACUCAUUCUGCUACGUCCUUUCUCAAAGAGUCAAUUCAUUUUUGGUUUUUUGAUGCCUGUGGUGUAGCUUCUGUGUAACUGUGGCCCAGAUUACUGGCAGUGCAUCAAAUCUGUGUGGUCAUUCUCACUAACUGUGGUAGUGGGCCCAAAGAUAGCAGCUGGUCACUGCCUUGCUGUGGCCCAUGGGUAAAAUUCCUGCCUUCGGAAGAGUCCGUGGUCUAGUUGUGCACAGUUGGAGCCCCCAAUGCAAAGGCCCCUGUUUGUAUAUUUGGUGAAACGACUGGACUCCCUCCAAAUGCAAAGGAAUUGUUUGCAUGUGAGGUGUUUGUUUUUCUGUGCUUGUUGUAGUCUUUAUCAUCUAACCUGUCUCCUCCUCAUGCACCUCCAGCUGUUUCUGUGUGCAGCUAACUUAUUUGAAGUGCAUACAUUUUCUUAAAACCUAAGAAAACUGACCUCCUGUAAACAGAGGGUGUCUGCUGUGGGUUAAUUACCGGAUUAACCAUAGGAUCAUAUUAUUGUCCCUCACCUUCAUAGCCACUUGGGAUUAUGCAUCGAUGGGUCACUGCUUUGGCUUGUUCACUUCUCAUCUUUAAUCUCUGCACCAAAAUAAAACAGUGUGUUAGUCACGUUACCCCCUAGAACAGGUUUUGCAGUUAGCAUUUGGAGGAUUGCUUUUGCCCUCAGUGCUCCUUUUCCAUUACCCAGCCCCACUCUUAGGCUCCUGUCCCAUUACCAGAAAAUACCCAUUGUUGAAAUUUCAACUCGUGGUUUUUAACCUGAACCAUUUGCUGGAUAACUUUUUGGAAAUUGUCUGCGUGUCUGGUUUGUAAUUCUUGCAGUCAGAGUUUCACAAAACCCAAUUACUUGUUUUCCCCCUCCACUGGGUUUGCCCUAACACUAAUAAAGCUGUAUGUCAUUGGCUGGCAGCGAGUCUGUCCCUGAGCACACCUCACAAGAAAUGACUGGGAAUGCUCAAGUCAGAUGUCUGUGGAGAGACGGCAGGUUGGUGCUACAUAGGUGGUGGAGCCUUCUGCGUACUGACAAAAGAUCCACAUCUUAAAGCAUCUUUUUCUUUUCACUGUCUGUCUCUUCCCUCACCCCCCCCCCCCCUUUUUUUCUCUCCCUCUCUUUCUCCCCCUUUUUUUUUCUCUCUCUCUCUCUCUCUCUCUCUCUCUCUCUCUCUCUCUCUUUUCUCUGCACCGCCCUCUUCCCCGGGGACUCACUCAGACUGGGCCUGUCCAUCACAAACAGCAAUGAUGUGCCAGCUUCUGAUUGCUGCCAAGCCAUGCUGCCUUGCGUACUCCAACCAAUCUACCUUUAACCCCAGUGAAUGGGUGCAGCUUUGUUUAUAAACAAUAUCAGCUGAAACGCUGCUUGCAAAUUUGGCUGAGGUCCAGUGUUUAAAUUUUCAACAGAGAACUUGUCGGAUUGACUUGGCUCAGCAGUCGCUCCGAACAAAGGGAACAAAAUCCUUUAGCUCCAAGUGCCCGAGUCCCAUUCAACUUUGGGCUCUCACUUCCACUGCCACUGUGCCUUUUAUAAGCAAAAUAGAUUCUAUUUUAAUCACAUUGGCAUUCCUUUGCCUAAAGGUAGGGAGUCAUUUGGUUAGAAGUAAAACUAGCUGUGGGUGAUUGGCUCCAUGUCUUGUAGUUACAUUGUCUCUAUAUAACUGCAACAUUUAGAAUGUUAUUUCUUAACCUACUCUGUGAGUCAGUUUUAAUAGUGGGUGAAAAUGUUUCGAUUAAUCGUGUCCUUUUUUAAAUGACCAUUGUUGAGUCAAUACACAGUUUUAUCACAAGGGAUAAUUGGUCUGCUCCCCUUUUUUUGUUUUGGUUCUUUUCCUCUCCCAGAACAUCCAUGAUACCACCAACUUGCAGCCACUUCCUAACCUGCUGCCACCCUCCCUGUGUACAGAUUCCAGUCUGCUAUCAUGCUGCACCAAAAACUGGGAUUUCACAACUGGUCUCUAUCUCUGUGAUUUUAACCAUAUCCCAGAUGACUCAUGGAGUUUUGGUUUGUUUUUGUUGAGUUCAAGCAGUUUGUUUUUUCCUGUUGUUGGAGGCUGCAGGGACGUUAUUUCCCUCCUCUUGCUGCAGUCUCCGCAGCUGUCCCUAGUCCUUGUGUUUUUGUCAAUCUUCGGGGUUUUUCUGCCCAGCUCGUAAUGCCUCGGUUAUUGCUGCCAACUCAUUCUGAAGUGGGUCUCAAGCUCAGGAGAUGCUGUCUCUUUGUUUGAUUGGCCUUCCCAGAAAGAUUGAUUUAACGCUGACCACAAGGGUGCACCACUGAGCCUGCUGGUAUUACUCCUAAAAUGCUUGCAAAUGCUAUGGGGACUCUCUCUCUCUCUUUCUGGUUGAAUGGGAUGCAAGAGGGACACUGUACUUGGAAUAAGGCCACAUUAAAACUAUAUUGGCUACCAUACAGUGGCUUGAGAGUCAGAUGCUGUAGUUCCAGUGCUAGUUAUUCUGGUGUCUCCUGUCUGACCCCAGUAACCAAGGAAGUAAAGGUGUGUUGUUUUUUACCAGAGCAGGUCUAAAUGGGUUAGAAUGAGAGAAGCAUAAAAGAUACAACGUAUGCUGUAACCUACAGUGAUUAAAUCAGUCAAAUGUUGGUGCACAGGGUAGGAUUUAUGCUAGUAUUUUAGAGUCUGUGUUGAGUAUAAAUGCACUUCUUUCCUAUGAAAGUGUUGCAUUAAUUUUUCUGUCCUGCUCCAUUCAAAGGGGUCCAUGCUCAGUAGUGCCAUUCUACAUGGAUUGGGGAGACUGGAGGAAGGAAAAAGUUUGUGUAACACAGCAUUCCCCUGUCCUACCCUGGUGACAUCUCAGUGAGGAAAAGUACUGAACUUGUUUGCGUGCUUUCGUAACCAAAAAAAUGCGGGUCUUUUAAUAAAAGACUUUACUGUGGUGACGGUCUCUUUGUAUUGAGACAGAAAAGGCUGGAUGCCAAAUGGCUAUGAUGGUUUCCCAUUUCCACCUGCCUGUAGCUAACAUGACCUGUUGACCAUCUCUACUUCUCAAAUCACUUCGCAACCAGUCCCUGGCCUUGGGAAAGGAUUUGAUGUUACACUGCCCACCUUUGAUUCACUUGUAUAAUAGUUGUGGUGUGUGUGAGAGAGAAUGUUUGGUGAGGUUUACAUCACAGGGCCCAGCCUAAUGUGUGUGGAAAGGGGAGGAGGGCAGAUCAGUGACAGCUUGGAGCAAUACUAAUGUAUAAUGUAAUGAGGGCUGGAGCUGAUGAAUUUUGGCAUGCUUGAAAUGUGACAGUGUAUUAGCUCAAAGGUCAUAAAAGCACAGUUCCUGUGAGUUUGCUGUUUAUGCUCAUUCCCUGCCUGUGAUACCUGUAAAGCUGCACCAGAGACUGGUGUAGGGCUCGGAAUAAACUUUAAAAGCCAUUUUAUUUUGUCGCCGGCCUCUUUUCCCAUCUCCCUCCAAUACAUAAUUCAGUGUAAAUAAAAGAAACCAUUUGUCUUUGACCAUCACCUGGUAUAUGAACAAUAUAUUUGUAAAAAAAGUUAAUAAAUGAACUGUUAUAUUGUGACUUUUUUUUUUAAAAAAUGGUGAAACCAGUGUGGAUGCAUGGUUUGUGAGGUUAAAUGCUAGUUCAAGACAGUUUGAUUUUUCUCCCCAUCCGGGGUAAAAUACAUUCGUGUGUCUAACGUUGUGUCUGCAGUUUGCAUCUGUUUAAAGAGUGUAUCACCUUGUGUAUUAAAUACCUGUGAUCCAUU